CUCUUCCGCUCGCUCAACAAGGCGUGUGCAUGUCCCACUCCGUCUCUUGAUCGCUCAAGGGCUACGUUGAACUGUCAUCCCGGAUCUCGAUCACAAGACUCCGAGGCAUUCGGUUCCCAAAUUGAAGGCGCUCCACGACGAUAUUUAUACUCUCUCUGUUGCCAUCCCUCUCCACGCCGAUAUUUAUACUCUCUCUUUCCCAGCGCUCUCACAACCUUCUCGGCAACUCUCAACGUCCACCAUGUCGCCCUCACCCGCAGAACCCAUCAUCUACACCUCAGACUACCCCGAGCCCUUCCUCCCCUCCAUGUCCCUCUUCCACUACCUCUUUCCCGACGGCCCGGCCGUCUCUCCCCUGCCCUCGUUUGACCCCUCGCUCCCCUGCGCCAUCGACGCAGCCACGGGCCGCUCCGUCUCCCGCGGCGAGUUGGAGGAUACCGCGCUACGGCUAGGCCAAGGACUGCGGGACGCGGGGAUGAAGCGCGGCGACGUGGUCAACCUCUUCUCACCCAACUCGAUCGAGUUUGCGUUCGCGACGUGGGGCGCGAUCGCCGCAGGGUGUGCUGUCACGCCGGCGAAUAUCGCUUACGAGCCGCACGAACUGGCCCACCAGGUGAACGACUCGGGCGCGUCGUUUUUCUUCGUUGCUCCGUCCCACCUCCACGUCUUCGAGAAGGCCCGGGAGCGCUUCAACAUCACUGUCCCCGACAGUCGGGUCGUGCUUUGCUGUCCGGUUGGGCCGGGAGCGCGCGCCGGUGCGCCCGACAAAUAUCGCUCGCUUCAUGAGCUGCUGGGAGAGCGCGCGCCGGCGGAACGCUUUGAAACGGAACCUAUGGCCACCGUGUUUAUGUUUUACUCUUCCGGCACGACCGGCUUGCCGAAGGGUGUCGAGACAACGCACUACAACAUGACGACACAGAUGCAGACGACCGGCGCGCGCAUCGAGCAGCUCACGCCGCAGGACAGGAUCUUGGGCUUUCUGCCCAUGAGCCACAUCUAUGGCGCGAUGAUGUUCCUCCUCUGUCCCCUAAGGUUCGGAUGUGCCGUCGUCCUCCUGCCCCGCUUCGAGGAGAUUCCAGUAUACAAAGCCAUCCAAGAGUUCAAGAUCACCACAGCCAUCAUCGUCCCGCCCGUGCUUGUGCUGUGGGCGAGCUCGCCGCACUUCAAGAAGUACGACCUGAGCUCAUUACGCUCGGUCACAUGCGGCGCGGCGCCGCUGCCCGUCGAUCUCGCGCGGCGUUUCCACAAAAUACUCCCUGUUCCCAUCUGCGAGGCGUAUGGGAUGACGGAAACGAGUCCGGGCAUCGCGGUUAUGAACAGCAAGAUGGCGACGCCCGAGCGGCUGGGGUGGGUCGGCCGCCUCAUUCCCUCCUACCAGGCGCGGCUGGUGCGCGAGGACGGCACCGACGCGCCACUGGGCACCCCCGGCGAGUUGUGGGUGCGCGGCCCGAACGUCAUGAAGGGGUAUAAAGGGCGCACGGGGGAUAUCUUGCCGGGAGGUUGGUUCCGCACGGGCGACCUCAUGAUCCGGGACAAGCACGGGUGGUUCCGUGUCGUGGAUCGCGUGAAGGAGCUCAUCAAGUACAAGGGCUUGCAAGUCGCGCCGGCUGAGCUGGAGAACGUGCUUCUGCAACAUCACCAUGUCGUGGACGCGGGUGUCAUCGGCGUCGAGGAUCACAAGCAGGCGACGGAGCUGCCGCGCGCCUAUGUUGUUCUCGAUGCCAAGAAGGCGGCAGAGCUCAAAACCGAACGGGACCGACGCCGCUACGCGCGUGAGAUUGGAGAGUGGGCCGCGAAGCGCGUGGCUCAACACAAACGUUUCCGCGGCGGUGUGGUGAUCACGGAUUUGAUCCCAAAAAGUCCAAGCGGCAAGAUUCUGCGCCGGCUCCUGCGCGAGAGGGCACACGCUGAGUGGACUAGUGAGCAGAAGGGCAAGUUGUAGGUCUGAUAGCUCAAAGUCGACAUCGGAUGUCAUCUUGUAUUGACAUACA